AUGGCGACCUCCUUAGUGAAAGAGGUGGCAAAGCAAGAGCUACCUCCAAAAGGUGGUUAUCCUGCCAUCGUGUAUGCCAGGAAUAUACCAACCAGAGGCCCUUCUGGUAUAGCAUUGUUCCUUGGCGGAGCAGCCGUGAUGGCGUACGGAUUUUAUCGUGUUAUUAUGGGGAACCGAAAACGAUGGUAGGUAUAACAUCUAGAAUGCAGAUUGCAAGGCUACGCGUUAUUGUAUUGAUUGGUUAUUUGUGCCUUUGCCUAGUAUUUUAUGAGAAUUUAAUAACUAUUUUAUAUUUUUUUAGUUAUAACUGUGACAAUUAUCGACAGGAAGCACUUCAUUCAUUCAAUUUUGCCCUAACAUUCGAUGUAAUUAAAUUAUUUUCAGUGAACUGAGGAAAGAGCAAAUGGAAGCAAGGAUUGGAUUUCUCCCACUUUUACAAGCAGAACACGACAGAAAGUAUGUGCCACCGAAAAAGCCCCCUAUGGCCCUCGAAGUUAACUUUAUUUAUGGCAACAAACUAAUCCUUUCAGAGAAAAUAUUUCAAAUUCAUCAGCCGAAGUUUCAGCUGUUGUUAAGUGUUCCUAACAUUAGAAUUAGAUUGUUGGGUUGUGAAGGAAUGAACAUCCUCCUAAACAAUUGAUUUAACAACAUCAAAUUAUUAUUGGCAUAGCUACUUUUUGAGAGUCAUUAGCAAUGACGUAAGAAUUAUUUUCAGUUGAGGUUUGUAUGCAAUAUUAGGCACAGCAUUGAUUGCCUCAACAUUCUCUGUCAGCUGACCAGUUAUUUCAUACCCAGUUGAUUUGAGCCCAACAAGGACUGUUGAUACCCAGCCAGUUAAGUCAUUUCGCACCUGUACUGCAAAAGUAUUUUCUCUUUGUCUAGUAGGUGUAAAUUAAGCUGGGUUUAUUAUGUUAAAUAGCAUUGUAAUCUGCUUUAGAUAAAUUUUGUUUUCAGUAUGUGACCAUAGAAAAUGCAAGGUUUGCUGGUGUUGUCAUUGUGAGGGUCACAAAUAACAGGACACAAACAACAGUGGGCUUAACUUUUACAUGUAUCUUACCUGCUUGACUCUUAACUUACCUCUCUUCCCAUCAAUCAACAUUUCCUCUAGUGCUUUUUCAUGAGGUAUUUGGUGAGAUCUCCUAGGUUUUGAUUUUCACUGAAUGUUUUGGAUGGUUUGGAAUAUUGACCAAUGGGCUGGAUACAAACUGACAUGAACUGAGUAUGAAUGGUCUAAAUUUGGGUAUGAAUCAACAGAGUAUGAAACUUCACUGGAUAUGAAAUGACUUGAUACCCUCUGUAAAUGGUCUAGAUACAUUGGAUUUUUCAACACACAGUAGCAACCAGUUACAACUUUUUUUUUAACCUUCCUAUGCUUUAUUGCAUUGAAAUGUGCAUCUUGGAGAUCAAUUCGGCUCAUUGUAGUGUAUUUAACAUUUACUUUGGGUUUUUCAACACACAGUAGCAAUGUGCUUUAUUGAAAGAAAAUGAAGAGCUUGAGGCACAGAUCAUGAAAGAUGUUCCUGACUGGAAAGUUGGUGAGAGUGUGUACCACACAGAAAAAUGGGUCACGCCUAUGCCCAUUCAAGUUGAAAAGCUGUAACAUAGGUUUCUUUCAUUUGGAUGUACUUAUAUGUAAGUUUCUUGGUGUGGACACAAACUUUGGCACACGUGUAUUUUUUUAUAGAUGAAUCUGUGGCAUGUUGUCAAUUACUAUUUUCAGUUCAGGUUUUCAGAGAGACUUAAGUCCAUCAACUUUCUGUUCAGUUUUUUUGUUGGGAGUUGAAAGAGUGUCUUGGGGUAAAGAACUUAAAGUAGUCUUAACAUGCCUUGUGAAAAUUCUCAGACUAUCUGUUGCAAUUAAAUGUAAUUUAUCUCUAACAAUAAACUUUAAAAGUGAGUAAAGGUAUGGCUUUCCUUAUAACUGCUGUGAAAUUUGCCUGAUCAGAAAUAAACAUUAUUCAUGACCACAAUGUUUUUUUUUAUAUGAUUGUGAAAAUUGUUUCUAGAGGACCGUGGCCUGGAGUCAAUCUGUUACUCUUAUACUUGACUUAAUGGAAACUUUGGAAGUACCUAAUAUCAUUCUCAUUCAAAGAGACUUAGGUCCUGACAUCAUGCUAAGUAAACUGUUCAUUAGGCCAAUGCUUAAUCUAUCAUGUUUAUUCCAGUUAGAAGUAUGUGAAAAUAUCACAAAGUUUCUAAGACAUUGUGGUAUGAACACACUUUUGCUUUAUAAUGGUGUCUGCUUAUGAUAGCUUCUUCAGAUACCUCAAGUGGGUUGAACUUCCUUCAUUACAACCAACAGUCACUCUCCAAAUUUCAUUCAGUUUGGAAACAGUGGACAUAGAGUCACCUCAAAUUGGACACGAGUGAAAACAAUUUUAUUUAGUCACAAAAACAACUGAGUUUGUAAGGUUACUUAAUAUUUUCAAAAAAGGAGGAG